GACGGUGUUACAAUCUUACCUGUCUGCUGUUACUACUACUACUACUACUACUACUACUACUACUACUACUACUACCACUACUGCUAGCGUGAGACAGUGUCAAGUAAAAGAAGAAAAGAAGAAAAAGAAGAAGAAAGCACACACGCACGCACGCAGAGAGACUCACCAAGCCAAGCCACGCCAGUUGACACGAAGCCAUGGCCAGAAACUAGAUCUCAUUAAACCACCAUGAAAACCCUGGAGAUUCUAGUGUUUUUCGUGAUUCUAAUGCUAGUGGAUGGAGAGACUAGUAAAAAUGCCGCUAGAGUCUUGAUUCUCCACCCAAUCUACGCUGGCAGUCACGAACUCACGCUAAGAAGGUUCGGGGAGGAGCUGGUGAAGAGAGGCCACGAGGUAACGCAGGUGAGAUGGCGAUCAAGCAAGACUCGCCAGGUGACCUCCACUGUGCAGGUGAUGACUCUCAGCCCCAACAACAGUGAUCUUAGGUACCCGUACAUGGAGAGGGAUGGUACCUUUCAGCUUCCUGCCUCCAUGCUGUGGGAGAGACCGCGGAGACUGUGGCAGAUCCCCACAGACGUGUUCUCCCUCAUAGACGCCCACUGCCUCUCGCUGCUCGGAGACCCUGCCCUCUCACACCACCUCGCCGGCCUCAACUUCACCGUGGCGCUGGUGGACCUCAUAGCCAACGAAUGUUCCCUGGCCCUGGCUCACCGCCUUGGCCUGCCUGUUGUGGGGUUCUGGGGGUUCUCCUUCCAGGGUGGCGAGGCACGAGCGAUGGGCGUGUUCCAGUCCCCAGCUACUGUCCCCACCUUCCUGAGUGAGGUGGGCGCUGAUAUGGGGUUCCGGGAGAGGCUGUGGAACUCCCUCGUGGCCCUGGCGGAAUCUGCUGUCAUUGGAUACCAUCUCUCCAGGACUGAUUACCAUAUACAGCGCCUGGCCCCACAAGCCCCCAGGAGCCGCCAGCUGCUGUCCGAGGUGGAGGCAGUGCUGGUCCACUCACACUGGCUCCUGGACUACCCCAAGCUGAUGCCGCCCCAUGUCCACUACAUCGGCUGCAUCCAGUGUGGCCCUCCCUCCCCCUCCCGCCCCGCCUCAACACCUGGGUAGGAGGCGCUACAGCAGGUGUGGUUCUCUUCUCCUUGGGCUACACGGGCUACGAGGCGUCAGCAGUGCCCGAGGAGGUGAUGAGUGCCUUCCUCGCGGCCUUCUCGCGCCUCCCCCAGCGAGUACUCCUUCGCUUCAACCCGCCCCUGCUGCCCCGCCUCCCGGAGAACGUGAUGGUCAUGGACUGGCUACCCCAACACGAUCUGCUGGGUGUGUGUGUGCAGUAGUAGCACUGUAGUAGUAGUAGUAGUAGUAGUAGUAGUAGUAGUAGUAGUAAUAUUUUCUUCAGAACCAUAAAAACACCCUUAAAAAUUAUUUGCUUUCUCACCAUGACUGUUUUCAAAGACCACAGAGACAAUUAGCCGGGUUCUCAAGAGUGUUUCUCCUGUUAGUAAUGUUAAUGUCUUGCUAAUCUGUCACUAGAAUCAUAAAAACACCCUUAAGAAACCCCGUAUCACUUCAACUAGAGCCUUUCAUUGUGGAGGUGCGGCGCUGAAAUGUUUUCAGAAUCCGCAAACUCGUGAAAAAACACAUCUCACGUUUUCUUCCAGGCCAUCCGCAACACGGUGCUCUUCGUCUCUCACUGCGGCCAGAACAGCAUCAACGAGGCAGUGUACCACGAGGUGUGCCUCUGGUGGCCGUCCCCGUGUUCGCUGACCAGGGGGACAACGCCAGGCGGGUGGUGGACAGGGGCCUUGGCGUGCUGGUGGACUAAGACGGAGAUAUCUGAAGAAGGGGAUCCACGCUGCUAUCUCUUCUGUCCUGCGUGAUCCCAAGUUAGUAGAAGCGUUCGUGAUGUAGAUGUAGAUGUAGAUGCGGUAGUAUAUUCUCUGUAUUUACAUUUCACGAUUCUUUUAGUUGUGCUUGAUGUUUUAUUGUAUCGCAGUUCUUUUGUUUUUGUCUUCCUAUCCACGGAAGUGAUGCAUUUUCCUU